ACAUAUCUUCAUUUCUGAUCUGGUUGUUUUGUGUUCCACGUGCCCCUUGCUUCAGGCAGGAUAUUUUGCAUUUAGACAAUGAGAUUGCUUUUAAUGAAGCUAUUAUUGAGGAAAGAGAUCUUGGAAUACAAGAAGUACAACAACAGAUUGGUGAAGUGAAUGAGAUUUUCAAGGAUCUUGCCGUUCUUGUUCACGAGCAAGGAACUAUGAUUGAUGAUAUUGGCUCCAACAUUGAGAAUUCUCAUGCUGCUACUGCACAAGGGAGAUCACAACUUGCUAAAGCUGCAAAGACCCAAAGAUCAAAUUCAUCUCUGACCUGCUUGCUUCUGGUGAUAUUUGGGAUCAUACUUCUAAUUGUGAUCAUAGUACUUGCAGUAUGAUCAGAAGAUUUUGAUAUGGGAGGAAGAGAGAUCCUAAACUCUUCAUAAAUGGAAUUGAUCUUUUUGAUUCAAGAUGUUCUUAAGGCACCAUAAAGUAUACUUGUGGUUUGAUCCAUGAAUCUUUUAGUCAUGCUAGAGAAGUUGUGCAACUGUGACAUGAAGUUUCAUAUGGGUGGCGUGGGGGUGGGGGUGGGGGUUGACAUGCGAGGGAAGGUUUGUCUGCUAUGUUUGUAAAUUUUGUGUUUGUGUUUGUGUUUGCAAUUGUGUUGCUGCCAUGUAAUGGCUGGUUUGUUGAUAAAAUUUGUUUCUUAAAUUUCUUGCAUGAUCAAGGCCCGGAUAAAACGAAUCUAGUCCACAACUUAUUCAUGAUAUAAGCUGUCAUUUACAUA